UGGUGGUGUCAGCUUGGUGUCGGCGUGAGGCGGAGCUGGGCGAAGGAGGUAACCCUGUGUGAGUGGAAGACCCGUAUUUCUCUACCUGGACCGCACGCUCCUCUUGCUAGGAGCACAGAGCUCAAGUUCUCCUGCUGCACUGGACUUCUUACUGUUCUUUCAACAUGGCAGGCAUGCUGUUCAUUGCUAGGAAUGCCUACUCCCAAGUGGCAUCUUUACCUCCUUUAAAUCUUUGUGCAAAGAUUUGCUUUGAGGUCACAUUGAUAUGAAAUAUGGAGCCACCUUUGAUAACUUCACCUGUGACAGAGAGUCUUCUUUCUUAUUUAAAAAAAUAAGGAAACAAAUGACCAAAGGAAUUAUGCCAAAUGUCACUCUACAAUUUUUUGUCUAUUUUUUAAUCCAUCAAGACAAAUUGCUUGUGCUUUAAAGAAAAUUAUUUGUUCAUCAACAUUAUUUUUAGCAAUUAAAAAAAUCUUUGUCAUCUUAAACUACUGUUUUCUUAUGAAAUUUAACAUAUAUAAAAUAUAUAAGCCUUGCUUGAAAUAGGUUCUUAGCUUUUGGUACUUCAGUGUUUAUGUACCCUAUUUUUGCUUGACAAAGUCCUCAAAAAUUUACAGCAUCAGGAAAGAUAUGAACUUGGAAACUUCUGUUACUAUAAUAGACUGCAGUGAACUUCAGUGGACAAUUCAAGACAUCAUCCAUUUUAUCAUCAGAAAUAUCACAUAAGUAUAUAAUUCUUAGCUUUCAUGCCAGCAAAGUUGCUUGAAAAUGGCAUGGGUAAAAUUCUUACGGAAACCUGGUGGCAAUCUUGGAAAAGUCUAUCAAUCUGGGAGUAUGCUAUCCUUAGCCCCUACCAAAGGCUUGUUAAAUGAACCAGGACAAAACAACUGCUUUCUUAAUAGUGCUGUACAGGUUUUGUGGCAAUUGGAUAUAUUCCGAAGAAGCCUGCGGGUUCUAACUGGACAUGUUUGUCAGGGAGAUGCCUGCAUAUUUUGUGCAUUGAAGACAAUAUUUGCACAGUUUCAACAUAGUCGAGAGAAAGCACUUCCUUCAGAUAACAUAAGGCAUGCUCUUGCAGAAAGCUUCAAAGAUGAACAGCGAUUUCAGCUUGGCCUCAUGGAUGAUGCUGCAGAGUGCUUUGAAAAUAUAUUGGAGAGGAUUCAUUUUCACAUAGUGCCAAGCAGAGAUGCAGACAUGUGUACCUCUAAAUCUUGUAUCACUCACCAGAAGUUUGCUAUGACUCUGUAUGAACAGUGUGUGUGUCAUAGCUGUGGAGCAUCAUCAGAUCCUCUACCUUUUACAGAAUUUGUGCGGUACAUUUCUACAACAGCCCUAUGCAAUGAAGUUGAAAGAAUGAUAGAAAGGCACGAGCGCUUUAAGCCUGAAAUGUUUGCAGAAUUGUUGCAAGCAGCAAGUACAACUGAUGACUACAGAAAAUGUCCUAGUAACUGUGGCCAAAAAAUAAAAAUUCACCGUGUUUUAAUGAACUGCCCUGAGAUUGUUACCAUCGGUUUAGUCUGGGAUUCUGAGCAUUCUGACUUGACUGAAGAUGUUGUUCGAAAUCUAACAACACAUCUCUGUCUUCCUGGGCUUUUUUAUAGGGUUACUGACGAAAAUGCCAAAAGUAGUGAACUUCAUCUAGUUGGUAUGAUCUGUUACACCAGCCGACAUUAUUGUGCCUUUGCUUUUCAUACCAAGAGCUCCAAAUGGGUAUUUUUUGAUGAUGCAAAUGUGAAAGAGGUUGGACCUAGAUGGAAAGAUGUGGUCUCCAAGUGUGUCCGAUGCCACUUCCAGCCACUGCUCUUGUUUUAUGCAAACCCAGAUGGCACAGCAGUUUCUACUGAAGAUGCACUCAGACAAGUCGUCAAUUGGUCACGUUAUAAAUCCAUUGCAGAAAAUAUGGGAUGUGAAAAACCUUCAAGUUGUAAGUCAGAUAAUUCAAAAGAAAAUGGAUUUGGUGAUCACGCAAAACAGAGAGAAAAUCAGAAAUUUCCAACAGAUACUUCAUCAUUGAAUCGGAGCCACAUUCAAACAAGUGGUGGUAGAGGACCAGUUAAGUCAAGUCACAGCGAUCAAAGGGAAAAAAUAAAAGACAUUUCUAGAGAAUGUGCUCUAAAGGCCAUUGAACAGAAGAAUUUACUUUCUUCACAAAGGAAAGAUUUGGAGAGAGGUCAAAGAAAAGAUUUGGGCCCACACAGAGAUUUGGUUGAUGAAGACUUUCCACAUUUGAAGUCUGGAUCACCUCCUGCCCCACAUGGCUUUAGGCAAUAUGGGAAUCCACAUCUAUAUCAUAGUCAAGGAAAAGGACCAUGUAAACAUGACCGAGUUGCUCAUCAGAGUCAAGCUUCUGCACACAUACUGAGUUCAAGUAAAUCCCAGAGUCUUGCUCCAGGAGAGAAAAUAACUGGCAAAAUUAAAAGUGAUAGUGGCACUGGAUAUGAUACAGACAGCAGCCAAGAUUCUAGGGAUAAAGGAAGCAGCCAUAAUGGCAACAGUAAAAGCCAGAACCGUGGUUGGAAACCUAUGAGAGAAACAUUAAAUGUUGAUAGUAUUUUUAAUGAAAGUGAGAAAAGACAGCAUAGUCCAAGGCAUAAAUCAAAUAUUAGUAACAAGCCUAAAUGUAGCAAAGAUCAGAGUUUUAACAAUUGGCCGAAAGAGAAUCCAAAGCAGAAAUGUUUAAUGACCAUAUACGAAGAUGAAAUGAAGCAGGAAAUAGGAAGCAGGAGUUCCCUUGAAUCUAAUGGAAAAGGAGCAGAGAAAAAUAAAAGCCUCAAAGACUCUAAAGUUCAUGGUGAUAGUUGGCAGAUGCAAAGGACUGAGUCUGGAUAUGAAAGCAGUGAUCAUAUCAGUAAUGGAUCUGCUAAUUUGGACUCACCUGUUAUCGAUGGAAAUGGUACAGUAAUGGAUGUCAGUAAUGUUAAAGAAGCAGUAUCCUUCAGUGACCAGAAUAAGAUAAACAACCUAAAUAUAGAAUAUGUGAACUGUACCUCUCAACAGAGCAAAAACCCCUUGGAAGGCUUUAGAAAAGAGCUCAAGAACUUGGAAGUAGGUUGUAAAUCUCAUGAGUUCCAUCCAGACUCGCACCUACAAAUAAAAAAUCCUUUGAUAAAAAGGUCACAUAUAUGUGAAAUCAGUGGAAAGUUAUACCCUUCGUCCAGUCAGCAAAUACUCAAGGACCAUGCAGCAAGGCAACAUAUCCACCAGCCAGAUGAUCAGAAACUUGAAAUACCAAGUCAAUGUAAAUUUUCUCACUGGCCUAAUACAGAAGAUUCUGAGAAAACAGGUUUACUUCUUCAUUCUGAUGAUAAUUCUGGAAAGAGAAUGAACAGUAAUGAAAUAGGCUCACCAUCUUCAUUGAGCUCUUCACCCAUGAGAACUGUUGGGAUAAAACCAGAAAUUGCUCCUCUCAUCCAUCAGCAAACUAUGGUGGAACAACGUUACCUGGAGAACUCUUUAUACAGGGAACAUAUAAGUCAGUCAAUCUGCAGAUCUGAUGGUUGUCAGAUGCCAAAACUUGUUUGCCAGAACCCACCACCUCCUUUGCCACCAAAGAAAUAUACUACAACCAGUGUGCCACAGCCAGAGAAAAAUGAGUCUUCACCUGAUGUCAAAUUUACAGAGAUGUAUAAAGCUAAUCCUAGUUUUAUGAAGCACAAUUUAGGUACCUCUUCAGAACCAGGUUCAGAAGUGAGUACUUAUGUGAAUGAUGAAAGACUUAAGGAAACAUUUCAAGUAAAAGAGCAUUUUGGCAACACACCAAACUACCCAUCCAGCUUUUCAACUAAUGAUUUUCAGGCAAACCUGGGUACAAAUGUUGAUGCAUUUUGCCAACCAGAAAUAGACUCUAGAUCUACUUGUCCAAAUGAAACAGUUUCAUUAACUACCUAUUUUUCAGUUGAUAGCUGCAUGACUGACACAUAUAGAUUGAAAUACCAUCAGAGGCCCAAACUCUGUUUUCCAGAGAGCAGUGGCUUUUGUAGUAAUUCACUAUCUCAGAGUGAAAGAAGGCUAGGACCUGUGUUACAUAAUAGUCUUGGUUCAAACUGCCCUUCAGAGCAUGGAUAUAAACCUAGUAUACACUGUAAUAGAUAAAAUGAUAAAAUUAGCAAGCUUACCUUUCUCAGAGGCCAUUAAACAUAAUAGGAAUUGACUGACCAAACCUAGUGAUAAUAUGAAAUCAAAACACUGGCAUUUUAAAAGUCAUUAAUCACUUUAACUUUCUAUAUUAUUUUGUGAUCAAUUUAUUGCAUUUAAAAAUUCCAUCAGAAUAGUCUUGUCUUGCACCAAAAAAUAGAAAAUCAGUAGUUAUACAAAGUCAUUUACCUUAUGCUGCAUUGAAUAAAAAUGAUUUUUGUCCCUUUAUUUUGUGGCUAGUAGAUCCAUAACUGUUAAACUAACUGUUACUCAUAUUAAUAUAGUUCAGUACACUAUGUUAAUUGAGAAAAAAACAGGUAGUAUAUAGUGUGGUCAAAGCAUUGUUUGCUUUAUGAAACACUUUCUAAUGCAUAACCAAGAGGGCUUCACCCAGUGGUUUCUCACUUUUGUGAUAGUCUACUACAUAUGAUCCCUUUAAAUGUCCUAUAAAUUAUUGAUGCAUGAAAUUGCUAACAUUAAAAAAAAAAGGCUUAAUGAUAAAGCAAUUUUUGAAUUCUCAAGAACAGAAGAAACUUAAUUUUGCUCCGACUUUUAUCUUCAGAAUGCCAGUUAACAUAAGUUAGGCCUUUGGUCAUUGUAAGUAUUCAGAAAUAUUACCUAAGCCAUAUAAGCUGAAAAUAAUUAAAACACUUAACUUCAGUAUAUUUAUUUAUCAUGUUCCUUUUUUCCUAAUUUUAUAUGAAAUGUGAAACUUUUUUUGGUUUGGUUUACUUUGGGCUGCUAAUAUCCAGUGUUAGGAAUUAAUGUAGGUCCUUCUUACUGGGUAUCUCACUGUGACUGCCUAAAUUUUCCCUGCUAUAAUCUUAACAGGCUAUAGGUUGUCAACUUAUUUCAGUGAUUUUCUGAUAUAUGAGUGUCCAGAUUAAAUUUCUGCCUUUCCUAUAUAUAGAGGGGCUUUAAUUUUAAUGAAAUGUAUUGAUUGAGCAUCCCUCCCUUUUUUCCUACUCUAAGCAAAUAAUAAUUUUACCCUACUUUUAUGGAGAGGGCUUUAUUUUAAAAAUAAGUGACUUUCCAUUAUGAUGAUCAUCUUAUAAGUGAAAAUAAGUUACUAUAAUUGCCUUAUUUCAUUAUUUUAUACUAAGCUGGUAAAUUGUGAUUUAGAGUAGUUUUAUAUUAUCCACACUAGAGAAUGAUAUUCCAUAGAAUUAACAAUUUUCCUUACAUUUAUCAGUGGAUAAACUUUGUAACAACUUUAUGAACUAGCAAAUCCAAUAUUUUGACCAUUUCCAUCAAUUGUUAAAAUAUCCUAAAUGUGUAUUAUUACUAGGUAAGUAGAAAUUAACUGCUUGUAAAAGUCUAACCACGCCCAGUUACCAGAUCUUGGCCAAAUUUAGUCUUCCACGUGGAGAAGUUUUUAAGAGCCUUUCUAACUAUUAACAGUAGGUAAUUAUUACUUUAUAUUCUUAAUUUAGAAAUACUUGAAUAUCAGCUAAAGUAAAUUUUAUCUUUUAAGAAAGCUUAUUUUCAACAACUUUUAGUAUGGAGGGUUUGUAAAUAUUGUAAAGUUUGUAGAAUUGUAUUUGAAAUUUCAAUGUAUUUAAGAACUGCUUUUAUAACAUUGCAAAAUACUCCAAAAAUGGGCUUCAAGUAUUUUUAAAUAACUUUCAGAAACAUACUGUGUGGGAUUUUGUUUUGUUUUUUAAUUUCUAUUUGGUCAAAAUGUCCAGUUGAAAUGUAUUAUUUGAAACAUUUAAACUAAUAUCUGGUGUGUAACAGCAAUUUCAUACAUUUGUGUUUUCAACUCAGUUAAGCUGCAAACAUCAAACAGGAAUGUUCAGUUUUGGCUCUUUUUAAAAUACUGUCCAGCUGAAACCCCCUGAAUCACAUAGUAGUACUAACAAACUAGAAACUGACCAUUUGUUUUUAUGUUGAUUCAACACUCCAAAUGUAGAUUGAUACAUAUUUACUCAUCAUUCACGUUUUUAUUUCUAGGAUGCCUAUUUAUUGUCAUUGGUAUUUUCUUGUUUGCAAGCUUAUUACAAUCUUUUAAAGUAAUGCAACCAGUAAGUGCUGUAAUGUUCAAAAUAUUUACCUUCAGAAUGUCCUAUUUUCAUGUGAAAUCAGUUUCUUCCAGUUCAAAAUAUUUUUUUAAAAUAAACUGAUUUGUAAAUUAA